GUUUAGGUUCCCCUUAGCGUCAAGCAGCGAUCGGCAGAGCCCAGGCAGGCAUCGGCCCGUUUCUCAGUGAGAUUUCCUUUCUCCUCACGUAUUCUUCCACUGUGCAUCGGCUCCGUUCCGUCAGCGGGAUUCUAUAUUGAAUUUUCACGCAGUCGAUGCGGAUUUUCUUCUCGUCAGCGUGCUUUCACGAGAACCCUCAAGAUGAAUCGUUUAAUGAAGAUUCUCAGAAGCAAGGAGACUCGCGAGUAUUUUAUGAGCACGCACUUUUGGGGGCCGGUCGCCAAUUGGGCGAUACCGAUCGCUGCCAUUUCCGAUAUCCAGAGAGACCCCAAGUUCAUCAGCGGCAAAAUGACCUUCGCUUUAUGUUUAUACUCAGCAAUGUUUAUGAGAUUUGCAAUCAAGGUGCAACCACGCAACAUGCUUCUAUUCGCCUGCCACUUUGUCAAUGAGGGUGCACAGAUUACACAAGGUUGUAGAUUUAUAAAUUAUCAUUAUCUUAGUAAGGAACAGCAAGCUCAGUAAGCCAAAAAAUAAGUAAAACUCAUUUGCCAAAGUAAUUCAAGUUUUAUAUUAAUAGCAGAUCAUGUUAUAUAAACUAAAUAAUUUGUUAAAUAUAUAAGAGAAUUUCUUGAUGAAUAAUAAAUGUAAAUAUAUUACAAUCAA